AGCACAGGCUAUUUUACUAAACUACCAUAGAGUAUAAUAGCCUAGCUCCUGCUAGCGUAGGCCGCCAAAAUCUUUUUCUCUAAGUUACUCUUUCGGCUCUUUUUGUCUGUUCGCUGCUAUGUCUGGACGCGGGAAGCAGGGAGGUAAGGCUCGCGCCAAGGCCAAGACUCGCUCCUCUCGGGCUGGACUCCAGUUCCCUGUGGGCCGUGUGCACCGCCUUCUCCGCAAGGGCAACUAUGCCGAGCGGGUUGGGGCCGGCGCGCCGGUGUACCUGGCCGCGGUGCUGGAGUACCUGACGGCAGAAAUCCUGGAAUUGGCCGGCAACGCGGCCCGCGACAACAAGAAGACGCGCAUAAUUCCGCGCCACCUGCAGCUGGCCAUCCGCAACGACGAGGAGCUCAACAAAUUGCUGGGCAAAGUCACCAUCGCCCAGGGCGGCGUCCUGCCCAAUAUCCAGGCCGUGCUGCUGCCCAAGAAAACCGAGAGCCACCACAAGGCCAAGGGCAAGUGAAGUACUUUAACAUUGCGUUCGGCUAUCGCUUUUUUGUCUUACCCAA